AUGAGCGGUUCCAAACUCGUGGUAUCUAGCGUUCGAGGCUCUGUGAAGGAGCUCCUCGCCGAGGCCAACGGCGAUAAAAAGCGCAACUUCGUUGAGACAAUCGAGUUGCAGAUUGGUUUGAAGAACUACGACCCUCAGCGUGACAAGCGUUUCUCUGGCACAGUCAAGCUCCCGAAUGUCCCUCGUCCCCGCAUGUCCAUCUGCAUUCUCGCUGACGCCGCAGACAUCGAUCGUGCAAAACAGAUUGAUUUGGAGUACAUGAGUGUUGAUGACUUGAAAAAGCUCAACAAAAAUAAGAAGCUAGUCAAGAAGCUGGCGAAGAAGUACGAUGCUUUCCUUGCCUCUGAGACCUUGAUCAAGCAGAUUCCUCGUCUGCUCGGCCCCGGUCUCUCGAAGGCUGGGAAAUUCCCUACACCGGUGUCCCACGCAGAGGACCUUUCCAACAAGCUCACCGAGGUUCGCUCCACGAUCAAGUUCCAGCUGAAGAAGGUCCUAUGUCUCGGCGUUGCCGUAGGCCACAUCUCAAUGACUGACGACCAAGUGCUCGGAAAUGUCAUGCUGAGCAUCAACUUCCUUGUGAGUUUGCUCAAGAAGAACUGGCAGAACGUCAAGUCACUGCACAUUAAGACCACGAUGGGCAAGCCCGUCCGGCUGUUCUAG